UCUGCGAUCAUCCAUCCCCGAUUGAAACCAUGGGUGCAGUUUCCCUCCUGGUCAUGUUGGUUGUCACAUCAUCUGUAUCUGCACAUGUAGUCUAUUUUGACCAUGACGUGGUUCCGGGUGAUGGGGAAUUCCGGGAUGAAUCUACCCGUAAAGUUGGAAGGGGCCAGGCAUUGGAUACCAGUGACUGCAUGAACGUCUCACCAAUUCCAGACGACUUACGGGCUGAGAUGCCACUCGACAAUUUCUACCAGAAGUACACCCAUGCCUACGGCAUUCCUAUAGUGUCGUCCAACCAGCCAAAUGAUGAUGCUCUCAUCCGCGCCUGUUACGUGGUACGUUUCAUGCUGGCCGAUCGAAAAGAUGUCCGAGACUCCAUGUUUGAUUCUUACGGGCGAGUCGGUGUGAUCGGCUACCAUGAGAAAACCUUAGACAUCCCUGAGCAUAGCUACUUGCCGUCUUGGUGGAACGAUCGAGCAAGAGGUUUUGGAGGUACCGCGUCCAGACCCAUCGCUACGGAUGGUGAAGAGAACAUCCUCUGUUGGAGCUACUGGAAGGAUCGGUGGAAUGAGGAGGACGUUUUAGUCCACGAAUUCGCGCAUUCAGUCCACCUUAUUUCUAUGACAAAAGUGGAUCGGACUUUCAAUGGGAGACUGAAGGCGGCCUGGAACGAAGCAAAAGCAGCCGGUCUUUGGCAGAACACCUACGCCAUCUCGCAUUACCGAGAGUACUUUGCGGAAGGUGUUCAGGCCUACUACAACUGUCAGACCCAUCGAGAUGACACAGAUGGCUUACAUAAUCAUGUGUCAACCCGUGAUGCUUUGUCUGAAUACGACCCCAAGCUGUUUAGCCUGAUCGCGGAAGUAUUCCCGUGCAAACAAGAUCUCAUCAGCAGGUGUGAGAAGAAUAAUAAAGAGCUUACUUCAGCUCAUGAGCUACUGAUGGACUGCUAAACAAGUCUAGCCGAUAAAGAACCAGCUGACUGAUUGUCAACUACGCAUCACGUGAGAAGAUGUACAGUGACGUCACCAUUAUGUCUACACUAAUUAGUGUUUUUUUUGGUGAAGGGUAUAUUUAAACAAGAAAUAUUAACUUAAAAAAGAAGUUAUACCUUUGGUAAUUACUCAAAAAAUCAAUUAAUGGAUAUAAAA